GUCGCCUCUUCUUUGUUUCUGCGGUGCGGCAUUUCAUUGAGGCAGAACUCGCAGUCAGAUCCCAAGUUGCUUGCCGGCUCGAGUAGAGCGAGGUGAAAUCCAGGGACGAAAUAUCUUACCGGACAAGCAAGCGCGACUCUGCAGGGUCACCGCAAGGGAAGGCCCACAUGGUAUCACUGUGUCGGGACGAACAUAGUACGAAAUUUCGCGCUUGAGCCAGAAUAAGGUUGAAGAUCAGCGCACGGUGUUUCUGUUGGUUUCCCAGAACUGCCGCUCCACCGUCCUUACUCGUUGCAGCCGGUAAAGGAGGUGGGAGCCAGAGUCUUCAGUGCUGGAUUCACACGGCUUUUUUGUACACUUUUCCAUCUUAACCACGAGCAAUACUUCAUUUGGAGGCAAGACACAGAUCGUGAUGUGUUCCCUACGCAUUACCACCGUCACUCGUCCCCCUGCAAAGCAGUCUCCCGCAAAAAUCUGCAUGUCACCGUCGUCAUUCUGCUACCCCGGUUUAUCAGGCACUCUGUGCCUCAUCAGCGGCUUCAACAAAUAGCCGCAAUCAGGGCUCACGCCGCACGCGAGUUGUCGACAUCUCGCUUAGAUGAGGCUUCGCCGUCACCAGUUCUCACAUUCCGCUCCGUCCCGCCGCCAUGCGUGCCUCCAAGUCGUCUCCUGGGUGCUCGUCUUCAGUUUUUUCUCUCUCAUCCUUCGCACAGAGCACCGUCCGCCUCACCACGCAGUCUCGAGGCUGUCAUCUGGCGGGAGGUGCAGUAGAGAAUGAAGUUGAGAAGCUGCGUCAGAGCCUAGCUGAUACCUUGGCCCGUCACGUGCCAGAGAAUCGUGGAAAACGUCGCGGAGACGGCCUCCGAGGAGACAGCUGGAUUGCUCACAUCGCGGUUGUGUCCCCUGGUGUAGCGAUUUCAGUCAACGAAAAUUGCGACCCCACUGUGCGCGGUGACAUGGUCACAGCCCUCAAUUUGCUUUCGGAGAAGACGGACUUCCCCAGCCACGUCGUGUGGCCGCUUCUGGUGGGAAGAAGCCUCGCGGUGCCCAUUGGAGGUGCUCAUGCAGGCCUGGCUUUAGGGGCGUGGCAGGGCGUGUACGUCGUAGAUGGGCGAGAGGGGGGCGGCGAUGUAGACCUUGUCUUGACACUGCUGCCCACUCUUCACCAAACUCAGCGAACGAUCCAAGCAAAGACAAGAGGAUGCGAGGACAUUGGAGAUGACCUGGACCGGUUCCUGUCUUCUGUCACCUCGCCCUAUUUUCCAAGUGGCUUUGCCGGGGAGGCGUCGAGACAGCGAAGCGGCGAAUAUGGUUUCGCGGAAGAGAGGGAAUCGUUCCUUGUUCAUGUGUGGACAAGGCACACCUCGUGUUCCCUCUCUGUGUUAGGCAAGGCAAGGCUUAUAGAAAUGGAACCUUUGAUGAGUCGCAUUGUUCCCGAAGCCUGGAACGACCGGCACUUCCAGCAUACCUAUGAGGGCCCAGAUGACAUGCCUGCACAUGCGAAAACGACCUUGUUUACAGCCGAAGUGUUUUUGCCUGUGGGUGCGCCGGAGGCUGAGGAAGGUACUCGCGGAGGAACAGGUUCUGUUGCUGGGGGAACUGAAAGCGCAUCCCCCUGUUCCACGGUCGACCCACUCACGGAUGCGGUGCGGAGACCAACAGAUGGGAAGAACAAAAGGCACUUCCAGCAGAAAUGUGGCCAACGGGUAGACUUUGGGCCCAGCCAAACUGCAACGCUGAACGAACACCGCGACGGCGGAGGGUGGGGUGGAGGCCAUGCGCGGAAGCUCGUCUUCAGCGCGAUAGGUGUCCCUGGGGAAAGCGGUAACGUAGCUUCAUGCACGAACGAGAAAGUAAUGAUGGUGCGCCACGUCGUUCCAGUGACUACGGGAACCCGGCCAGGAUCCACCGCUCCGAUGAAGGCGCUCCUUGAACGAGCAUUGCAGAAAAUGCUGGCGAAGGUUCGAAUUGGUGGACUGCACUGUUAUGUCCGCGCACUCGGGGCUGGUAUUGCUGUUUCCUGUCGCACUGAGGAGGCAUGUGGAGGGGAAAUUGUCUCGUGCAGAGGCACCCAGAAAGAGAUGGAGGUGGACGGCAUUGACAGUGGAUGUGAAGAUGGUGGGGAGGUGGUGCGGCAAGUUCUUGCGGGCGUCAUCCCAGACAGCUGGGGCGCAGCAUCCAAAACUGCGCCAGCCGUUGACGGUGGUGUCUCUAUUGUGGCGUCGUGUCGAGGAGCUCUACUAGGAAAUGGAUUACUAAUUCCAAUACGUGCUGGCAAGCUCGUUUGUCCUCCAGAGCAUGACAUUUUUUUGUGGACAGGAGGACUCGUGGGGAUCGAAUGUAGUUCCGAAAAUGUCGCCUGUGAGGAGAAUACAGACGGUCCGGAGGAGAACAAGGUACCGUCCACCGAAGGAUGUUCGCGAGUGGGUUCGCAAAAACAAAGAGUCGAUGUGACUUGCACGCUGCUGGGAUCCAUGUCCACGCAUGACCACACUUGAUUCAAUGACUGAGAUAAGGCUUUGCAAGGCCGGAGAUGGGGGACGAGGUCUAGACGGUAAAGGCUGCUCGAAAGGCAAGGGGAAGUAUCCCAGAAACGCCGGCGCAUCGCUUCCGCGUCGCGUCACAUGUGGAGCUUCGUGGGAGUACGCCGUGCUCCAUUACAUGUCGUCACUGGCGCUCGGUCAUUCAACUCUAGAACUCAUGAGAUUUUGUGCGGGAGCUGAAGCCAUCAAAUGCAUUUACCCUAUGGAUUGUGAGGAAACAUACUUUGCAUUCUCAAAUGGGGCGUUUUCCAGUUGUUCGUGUACUCCUGGACAUGCGGUGUAAGUGGUCUGUCGUUACCACAGCUGGAAAGUGGCUGACUGUGGUCAGUCGACCCGCCACCGAGGUGUGGAAGCGGGAGGCAUGACACCGCGCGUGUAGGUAGGAGAGGCAUUUUGAGGAAUCGAGAACCGCAAAUGUCGUCCAUUAUGACGUCUGGUGCCCGGAAAUGUUAGUGCUUCAUCUGGCCGAUGUUACGUAAUGGUAUCUGCCGGUAUAUACGGUGACGGAUGUGUCUGUGGAGGAACAGGAUUUUGAAGUUUUUUCUGCCAGACGACCAUGGGUGUUUUGUGCGCUGCCUAGCGGCACUGCAGCAGCUGUCUGCACCUGGACAUUGGAUGGAAGUCAGUAGCAUUUCUCGGCUUCGCUGAGGAGAC